AUGGGUAUCGACUUUGAUAUAUUGGAACAUUGUAAGAAAGUAAGGGCCGAUCACGGACCUCCUUAUACAUGUCCUGUGGAUAAAUGUGGAAGAAGUUACAAGACUGUUUGUGGUCUACAAUAUCAUUUAAAGAGCUACAAUCAUGAUAAUCCAACUCCAGUAACUCCUUCUACGCCUGCAACUCCAAAAAAUAAGAAAGGAAGAAAUAGACCCAAAGCUGCGACACCUGCUGUUAGUCAAAACAUUCCAGAACCUUUAACUUUCGAGGAAGCACAAAAAAUGGUACAGUUUGAAGUGAAUGGGGUUAUUUGCCGUUGGAAUAUUAAUGAUCCAAUAGAAGUCAUACCAUAUGAAGAGGAAUGUAAAACAACCGAAAACAAUGUGGAAGUUCAGUCUGAUCUAAAUCUUACUCAAGUGCAAGAACCAGUAGUUCAGUUGCCUGAAGCUAGUUAUAAGGAACUGGCCGAUUAUAACAUUUGUGAUGCACCACCUCGUCCAAAUGCUUAUAUUAGAUUUAUUGAGAAAAGUACUGAGGAAUUAGAUGGGGAAGUUGAAUAUGAUGUUGAUGAGGAAGAUACUGCAUGGCUGAGUAUUAUGAAUGAAAAACGGGAAGCCCAAGGUUUAGCCCAUGUUAGUGUAGAUUCUUUAGAACUUUUGAUGGAUCGACUUGAAAAGGAAUCCUAUUUUCAGGCUGCUGUAAGUGGCCAUACAGGAGGAGCUGUAGUAGAUGAUGACGCAGUUUGUUGUAUUUGUAUGGAUGGUGAAUGUCAAAAUACUAAUGUUAUCCUAUUCUGUGAUAUGUGUAAUUUGGCUGUACAUCAGGAUUGUUAUGGUGUACCGUAUAUACCAGAAGGGCAGUGGUUGUGCAGAAGAUGUUUGCAAUCACCUAGUCGCCCUGUAGACUGUGUAUUAUGUCCUAAUCAGGGCGGCGCUUUUAAACAAACUGAUUCAGGUGCAUGGGCUCAUGUAGUUUGUGCUUUAUGGAUACCAGAAGUAAGAUUUGCUAAUACAGUUUUUCUAGAACCUAUAGAUUCAAUAGAAACCAUUCCUGCUGCCAGAUGGCGUUUAACUUGUUACGUAUGUAAACAAAAGGGUACUGGAGCUUGUAUUCAGUGUCACAGAGGUUCUUGUUAUGCAGCUUUUCAUGUAACUUGUGCCCAACAAGCUGGUUUAUAUAUGAAAAUGGAUGCUGUUAAAGGAGGUGAAGUUGCUGGCCAACCUGUUUUAGUGCAGAAAAUUGCUUUUUGUGAUUCGCAUGCUCCAGCCGAAGCUAAAGCUGAAAAAGGCGAUCAAAAGAAAGAAGAUGCUAGGAAAAAGAUGAUACAAGCAAGAAAAGUUUUAGCAAAGAAGCGUACGUCAGCACCAGUAAUUCUUAUACCGACAAUACCGCCAGAGAGAAUUCAGGAGAUUGCUUCUUUGGUCACCAUGACCAAGAAAUCACAAUUUAUUCAAAGAUUGAUCGCGUACUGGACUCUAAAACGUCAGUAUAGAAAUGGCGUACCGUUAUUGAGAAGAUUACAAAGUGCACAGGGUGGAACCAGAGAUUCAAAUACAAGCAACGUGGAUACUAUUGAAUUGUGCAGACAGUUAAAAUACUGGCAGUGUUUGAGACAAGAUUUAGAAAGGGCUAGGUUACUAUGCGAGUUGGUAAGAAAACGUGAAAAAAUGAAGCUGGAAUAUACAAAAAUUUCCGAAAAAGUUCUUCACGUUAAACUAAAACCUUUAGAAGCUAGUUUGGGAAAAGUUUUGGAUUUGAUUGAGGCCAAAGAUACUAACGAAAUUUUUACAGAACCUGUUGAUUUAGAAGAGGUGCCUGAUUAUACAACAGUUGUGACCAGUCCAAUGGAUUUAAGUACCAUGAGAGGAAAGUUGAAACAAGGCCUCUAUCCUGAUUUAUCAGCGAUGGAGAAAGAUUUCGAUCUUAUGAUAGCAAACUGUUUGGCAUAUAAUGACAGGGAUACAGUAUUUUACAAAGCAGCCAUUAGGAUGAGGGAUCAAUGUGGAACUAUUUUCCGUCAGGCUAAGAAAGAACUUGAAUCGGCUGGUUUAAUGCAAACAAAUGCAGAUUCUGUACAAACUAAUUUAGGUAAUAAUGGUGGAGAGGAGGCUUUAGCUUCAGAUAUUGAUAAAGAAUUGGAGAAUUUACAGGGUAAAAUUGGUCUAGAUAUAAUCACCAAACUAGAAGAUCUCCUUGUUAAAAGCCAAACUUUGAAACAUGGACUUGCUCGCGCCAAGCGAGUAAAACUUGUACGCAGUGAACUGAAUAAGGUCAAGCGCAAUAUGGCGAACAAUCCUCUAUCUGAAACUAAGUCUGACGAUAAGAAAGAAGCUGUUAAAUUGAAGCUUGAUCAUCAGAGUGAAAUGGAAACUGAACAUACAACAGAUCAUACUGAUCAAACUGACGUAGCUUCGCAGUCAGAUGGGGAAACCGAAGAAGGAAGGAGUAGUGUCAAUUCAGCAAGUGGUUCCCCAGGUGGAGUUAAUAGAAGAACUGCCGUUCUUUUCACGAAAAAAGCUCAAGCGGCGUUAAAAAAGGAGGAUGCCAAGGACAAAACGGAAACGGAUACUCCGCCUUUGACUCCAACAAAAAAGAAGAAAGGCCAAAAAAGUACUAGCGAUACGAAGAACGCAACUUCGAUUGGUGUAAAUAAAAGUAGUUCAAACGUCCCGGACAGUUUUAAGGUAUAUCGUGGUGGUAAACAAACUACCGACGAGGAAAAAAGCGACAGCGACAAUUCUCUGUCAACGUGCUAUUCUCACGAACCGAGUGAAAUAGAGAGUGACGAAGAAGAGGAAAGCGACUCGAUGGCUUCUUCGCUCAUCGAUAAAAUUCUGCAGCCUCUUCAACUUGUUUGGGCCAAAUGCAGAGGUUAUCCUUGGUAUCCUGCUCUCAUUAUCGAUCCUACAAUGCCCAAAGGUUACGUCCAUAAAGGCGUGCCGCUUCCGACUCCUCCACAAGAAGUUCUAGAUUUAUCUUCGAAAUUUACAGAACACGUGUACUUAGUGCUUUUCUUCGAUGCCAAAAGGACCUGGCAAUGGUUGCCGGCCGAGAAAUUGGAGAUUAUGGGUAUAGACAUUGAGAAAGAUGAGAGUAAGGCAAACGAGCCGCGGAAGCAGUCUGACCGGAAGGCGGUAAGAAAAGCUUACGAAAAUGCUCUGAGCUACAUUCAACAAAUCAGCGAAGCUGCUGAAGUGAAUCAGACUGAAAUGAAAACCUGACAGGUGCGUCGAACUCGAAAGUUUUCGUUUUUUACUUGAUAAUACAGUUAAAUCUCCUAAUUAACUACCGUAUGAUCGAAAAAAAAAACAACAUCAAGUUGGCUUGGAGAUGCAAUCGCUGACAUUUACCAUAUAAUUUAGCAUUUAAAUGGACAGUGAUUUUUAUUUUCAACCAACUCCGACAUCGUUUUAUAUCAACUUCAAUGAUUGAGUUCAUAUGGGGAAGAAGUAGGUUAGUGAGACAUAACUGUAUCAAAACGUUUUACUAUUUAAUUUUAACAAUUUUUUAACUAAUCGACGUUCCACAUAUUUUUUCUGUAAUUUUUUUAUCUAUUUAGUUUUUUUUUUAUUAUCUCUUAAGCUUCAUUUAUAACCUCGUAAUUAUUGGUUCCAGUUAGCGUAGAAAUUUGUUCCUUUAAUUUCAAUGUAAGCAUUCAGAACGUUAAAAUUAGUGGUAGACAUUUUCUAUUAGUAGAAAAAGUUAUCAACCUUUUAACUUUUCCACUAAUUAUACUUCAAAAUUUGCGAGAAAUGUUAUUUUGGCCUUUGAUUAUCUUCCGUCAAAUUGUGGUUAGAAAUCAAAAGUUGAUUGUUUUAUAAGCUAAAUAUUAGGCUUUCUCUAUGGAUACAGCUGACUAAUGCAAGCUGUUGCUGGGAUGUUCUAUUAAUUUUAAUUGUGUUUUUUAAAUAUUGUAAAUGAUCGUAAACUAAAAUGUAUAUAAAAAGUGUAACUGAAACCACUAAUUGUGAGGUUCCGAAUGAAGCUUUAAACUAUAAUAAAUUAUUGAAUUUAAUCUUUAAAAAUGUAAAUAGCUUCAAAAUAUCUGUGUAUUUUACGGUAUAUGUUUAUAAAACGUCCUUAAGACUACUGUAAUGAUGAAUAUUAACAUAAGUAUACAAUAAAUAAAUUGAACG